AUGACCAGGAAAACGAAACCAUCAAAGACCAAAGGCAAUGGUGGCAAGAAGUACGAGGGCAGCAAAAGGUCACGGAAGAUUGGCAUGUUCCAGGCACUUCAGAAGCAGAAGAAGGCUGGUGUGGCCGAUACGGACAAGAGUGACCCGCACCAUUUGAAACGGAAAAUCAAGCUGGCAAAGCGCCCGACACCUGUUUCGAUCGAGUUUCGCAACUUUGACGAACGUAUGGCUGCUACACGCGCAGGAAAAGGGUUAAAGUCGACGACUGUGGCUCGUUCGUCGUUUGUGGUGGCAGCGCCGACCUUCCAGUUUAACGCCAACCCUGUGCAGCCAAAGCUGGUGGCACGUGAAGUCGAAGGCUUUGAUGGCUUCCUGUCUGCGCUAGAGGCUCCAAAAGACCCGUCGAUGGUGCAGGUGAACCAAGUGGCCCGCCUGGCGAAACCCGUGCAGCUCGAAUACGACAGCAGCAAUGUAUUUGCCGUGUUGGAUGAAGAUGAUGACGAAGAAAAGCGCAUGCCAGCAGCUGGGCAAUCUACUCCAGCGUUUAUGCAGCCAGCGACAUUCACUUUGCCGGCAGGCGAGCAGACAUUUACGCCGCAGUCUUUGCUGCGCUUGAGAACGCAAUUGUCAGCAGUAGAGAUAGACCCUGAUUUAUGA